ACAGGGUGGCUUAUGCCUAAGAAGGGCUGGUAGUCGGUGUAUGGACCAAUGCUUGUUUGUUUAGGCAUUGUUGGCGACCGAAUCCCGAGCGAAGCAAUUGUUAAAAACCUGAAUUUCCCGUCUGUGUGUAUUGAUUUUUGGUGCGCAGAGGCGUUGCUUGAACGUUAUUUGAACUCCUAGACAUUCCAAGGGGCAAAAGCACUUUGGAAAAACGUGCAAGACUGCAUGUUACUUUGGUUCUCUGCUGACACGCCGAGUCAGUUCUCUGACUGUGCGCCGGCCUGUCAAUCACCGGGAGCCGCAACAGCCAGCACAUGGCAGAGGGUGGCGGGCGUGCUGGCCAGCGGCCCGCCCCGCUCCACUCUCCGCCCGGCGGCUGAGCGCGCUAUGCGUCCCAGUGCCUGGAAAGAAAGGCAAAUUAAUGUGUUUUUUCUCUCUAAUCGUCUGUAGCAGGCAUUUCGGCGGAGCAGGAGGGUCAGAGAACUGGGAGUGAGCGCUGCCCGGGAGAGGCUGACCUGCCAGGACCGGAGUUCCGGGGACGCCGUGCCCCCUCUUGCCCAGCGUGCGGGAUCGGGAAGGGGUUUCGAUCUGCGCGGGGGUCAAGGGACGACGCCCCGUCUCUUCCCAUGAGAAGGACCCCCAAACCUCGCUCCCUACACCAUCACCCUUAAAAAAGCGGGUUAAAAAAACCCACCCCCACCCCCCGGGAGCUGCGGCCUCCGCCUCGCUGGCGAGUGCUCCCGUCCUCGCCGCGGCCUGCCCCGCUCCUUGACCGGCCCGUAGACACCGGUUCGAGCCCUUUCCCGGGCGCCGAGGAGUCUCGAACGUCCGUGACGUGGAUUUUCACUCGUCGGGAGGCCGCUUCUGCUAACCUUCCGGCGAGGAGCGAUUGGAACCCAAGUACUCUCGUCGGAGCCGCUGGCCUUUCACGCGCUCCCCCCACCCCCGCCGCUCCCGGCUCGCUUUCAGAGCCCUCUCGAAGGGAUUUAUUCUUUCUGGUUCUCGGAAGGGGGCCGCCGGAGAAAAGCCCCAGAGGCGGAUGUUACUGAGCGGCGCGGCGAGCGCGAGCCGUGAGAGGUGUGCGCCCGGCCGCGCGGAGUCCCCGGGGGGCUGUCCCCUGCAGCCGGAAGGGGGCCGCGGGGAGCGCUCCUGCGCUGCCGCGGCGGAGGCCGCGGGCCGGCUUGCCGCGGGUCGGGCCAUGUCUCCGCGCCCUGCCCGCCGCGGUUGAUGCGGCGCGCGCACGCUGCUGCCGCACCGGGACCCGGGCCGGGCCGCGCGCCGGGACCCCACGCCGCCGCUCCAGCUUAGAGGGCGCAGCUCCACCGUCUUAACUGGCAAUGGGGCGACGCUCCUCUGCAGCCCCUGCCCCCGGCUCCGUGCUUCCCGGAGCCUUAGGAACCCAGCUCUCCCUUUAACGUAGGGGCAGACCUUUAUAACCACUCCUGCCGGGCGAUUGCUUUUGGCGCCUCUGUCAGCUCUGAAGGCUCUUCCCGAUCUGUAAGAAAUCGUGGUGGGAUACGCAAAAAUGUUUUGGAAAUCCACGGUGAUCCUUAGGAUGUGAUGAGAUUGUCCGAAAAGCCUUUCUUGGAAUUGGACUUUGGCCAGGACCCCAGCAUCAAUCUAAUCUGCUGAUGAAGGAGAUCAUUACCAGGAUUUCAGAUGAAUGCCAGGUUUCCACUGAUCGCCAGAAUUCGAGAUCACUCCACAUGGAUCCCCAAAAUCAACAUGGCAGUGGCAGUUCAUUAGUUGUGAUCCAGCAGCCUGCAGAUAGCCGCCAGAGGUUGGACUAUGAGAGAGAGAUUCAGCCUGCUGCUAUUUUGUCCUUAGACCAGAUCAAGGCCAUCAGAGGCAGCAAUGAAUAUACAGAAGGGCCGUCAGUGGUGAGAAGACCUGCUCCUCGAACAGCACCAAGACAAGAAAAGCAUGAAAGAACUCAUGAAAUCAUACCAAUUAAUGUGAAUAACAACUAUGAGCAUAGACCUACAAGCCACCUGGGACAUGCAGGACUCCCAAAUAAUGCCAGAGGCCCCAUUUUGAGCAGAUCGACCAGUACCGGCAGUGCAGCCAGUUCUGGGAGCAAUAGCAGUGCCUCUUCUGAGCAGGGACUCUUAGGAAGGUCCCCAGCAGCCAGGCCGGGCCCUGGUCAUAGAUCUGAAAGGGCAGUCCGGACCCAGCCCAAGCAACUGAUCGGGGAUGACUUGAAGGGUUCCUUUAAAGAGGACCGGACACAGCAUAAGUUCAUUUGUGAACAGUGUGGGAAGUGCAAGUGCGGAGAAUGCACAGCUCCCAGGACCCUGCCAUCUUGUCUGGCCUGUAACCGUCAGUGCCUUUGCUCUGCUGAGAGCAUGGUGGAGUAUGGAACCUGCAUGUGCUUAGUGAAGGGCAUCUUCUACCACUGCUCCAAUGACGAUGAAGGGGAUUCCUACUCGGAUAAUCCUUGCUCCUGUUCACAGUCACACUGCUGCUCUAGGUACCUGUGUAUGGGAGCCAUGUCUCUGUUUUUACCUUGCUUGCUCUGCUAUCCUCCUGCUAAGGGAUGCCUGAAGCUGUGCAAGGGGUGUUAUGACUGGAUCCAUCGCCCAGGGUGCAGAUGUAAGAACUCCAACACUGUCUAUUGUAAGCUGGAGAGCUGCCCCUCCCGGGGCCAGGGCAAACCAUCAUGAUUUUGGGAGGUGGGUUGGACCUCCUGAACUUUUAGCUUUCAAGCUGUGGCUGUUAUAAAAAGAUCCUCUUGGUUACUUGUUUUAUUUUCUUUACAGUUUUUCCUGACUUUCUUCCCCAAUUUCCAAGGUUUGACUCACGGAUUUUAUACUCUUUAAAUGGAUGAUCUCCAGUGAGAGUGGACCAUGAAACUGAGCUGGCUCUCACGUGUGACAGGAGCUUUUGCCACCCACUCGAGAGGGUCUUGAAAGCCAGUGGGCUUCUGUAUAGCCUUUGUGUUCUGCAGGCAACUUUUCAAAGUUGUGCACAUGAACAUACCCAGACACACACACCCAGACUACAGUGAUUUUAGAGCUGUUUUUGAUUUGGGAACUCUGGGAGUACCAAAAUUGAGUUUCAAAGAAGCACCAUUUAAUUGCUUAAAGCUAUGUAUUAACUCUUUCUCCAAUUAGGGCUAUCUUCAUAGCAUUGGACCCUUACGUAGCAUGGAGGAUGUGUUUUUGUUAUAAAAAUUUUUCUUUAGCCACUUCCCUCCCCUUCUUGCCCCUCGGUGUCUGCUCCCCUCAGUUUUGGCAUCAUCUUAUUCUAGAGGUGCCAGGUUUUGGUUUUUUUCCUGUGUAAUUUUAGGUUUGCUUGAUGAUGUAAAUCUUCACAUUGGAGAUAUAUUAAUAGUAUCUUGCUCAUCUUUAUUCUAGCUUUCCUGUUUGUGAAGGAUUCAACUACUUUCCUUCCACGCCCCAUACUUUUCACCAGACUUCUCUUGUUAUUUGAGGGCACUUGGAUAUCUGAAGUUGGUAUUUGUAGCUGAUCAGUCUAUAGGUGCCAAGAACUAUGCUGCCGAAGGUGAUCUUGGCUCCUUAAUGGCCCUUCUGGCCCCUUGGAUAGUUAACAGCUAUGUAAUUCUAAUCUUUUCUGUGUUUUCAUUGCCUUAACCACAAAUUGUGGUGCUUUUUGUAUAUUUUAUGUAUAAAUCACAAAGUUGAAUUCUGACUAUUUUUAAGACAAAAGUCUGUUAAACUUUUUUAUUGUAAAGAAUAUUUAUUAUGCGAAUCUAUUAUUUUAUGAUAUUUAUUGCAAAAGACUGUUGAAAUGUACUCGUCUGAAUAUAACAAAAUAUCAAUACGUAACAGAAAAUAAGGUGACACGAAGAAAGUACAUAUGUUAACUAUAAUGCAGAAAAUAUAUCAAUUAAUGAAACUGUCUCUUGAUUUCUUCAUUUAUUAGUCUGUACUAUUACGGUGAUUUUUGUCAUUUGCUUUGCCUCUUCAUGCACACCCGUUUCUUGCAUAUACCAAAUCUAGACAGAUGAGCUCAAAUUUUGAAUUAGAUGUGUCCUGGAAAAUGCAUUAAUCAAAAUUUUGUAAUCCAAAUUCUGUUUGAACAAAUACCCAUGUGAAUCCAUUUUAUAGUAAAAAUUUUUGUAAUCAAUAUUAACUCUCCUUACUUUGGCUAUUUUGUAAGUAAAAAGUUUUGUGUGUAUCAUAGUUUCUUGGGAUAGAGCAUAUCAGGUUUUUAAAAAUGUUUUAACUGUCUUGGGUUAAUCUGAAAUUAGUCUUCAUCACAAGACUUAGUUCUGUAGACAUGCUAGGAGUUUCUGGCAUAGUCACUUUAAUAAAACUAUUCUAGAGAGUGUAGCAAGAAAAUAGCUCACAACACCAAAGAGAUGUUUUAAAAACAUUCCUGUCCCUAUACGUUUUCAUUUCCUUUAGUAAGUCUUUCCUGUGACCUGAUCAAACUACAUUUCAUCAUGUCUUGUACAGUAAGAAAUCUGAGGGACUGAAACUUUGUAUAGAAGUUAAUAUUUUUAUUUUCUAGUCUGCUGAAACCACUACAUAGGUAGAAUCUUUGGGUCUGAUAAAAUUUUGUUGAUAUGAAUCUUCAGAUUCAGCUUUACUAAUUCUCCUUAUGCCUAAGUGAUAUGUCCAACCUAAAUAAUAAUCUUCAAUUGAGAAUAAGGUGUUGACAAUUUGAACUCAGGAUUUAGGCUAUCAGAAGUCUUGUUGAGCUUUUCAACUUUGGUUGUUAUCUCUUAGAUAAUUUGGCUACUAAUUUGGGGGAUAUUUAUUCUUUGUAAAUAGGCUUUGAAUUUGUUUUAAACAGACAAGGGGUAAGUGAUAACUUUUUAUUGCUUUCUCAUCAAGCCACUAAACCUGUUAAUUAGCAUUGUGACAUUUUAUAUAAUCAAACAUUUUCUCUAUGCUCUGAAAGCAGGUAUGUUUUUUAAAAUGAAUAUUUAUUUAUGUUUUGGAGGUCAUUUAAUGCAUGGUAUUUCAAAGUGUGAACUUAUUUCCUCUUGUACUCAAGCUAUGUGUAUUAUCACUGGUCUCUUAAAAUUCAGUAUUUCAUUGAGAUUUGGAUCCUUAAUGAAGUGUAUGAACACAGACUCCUUCAGAAUACUGUGUAAUUUUUUUCUGUUAUUAUUCAGACUCUUGGUAUCAUUAGGAGUUGGUAUAAGAGCUGUCUGUUGCUAUAAUACCCAGACUCAGAAAUUCUAAUUUUUAUUUAAAGAAAUUCAUGACUUAUGUGAGAAUGAAGUAUGCUGUGGACUUUUAAUUUUUAACUUCAGGCUACAUGCAGAAUACAUGACGAUUAAAAUCUUAAGAUGGUGGUCUCUGCAGCUGCUAGGGCCCUAGCCGUUCUCUGGUAUCAAGUCAGGCCCGUAUUUGGAAGUAGCAAUAAAUAGGUCAGAGGGCCAAACUUCUAACAGGCUUGUCAAGUGGCAGAGCAUCACCCCUUUAAUUCAAAACUUCCUCCUUUAUGAUGGUUUAAACCUAGAAGGAAAAAAUGUGAGGGUGUGUCCUCAUAAGUGCUUGUGGGUCCUAAAACUGAUCAUUUUAAAGUGCUCAGGUUGUGAAACCACCAACCACGCUAAAAUUUCUUAGAGCUCCACUGCUGUGUACUUGAUACUGCUAAAUGGAGAAGAGCCUACCAAGUAGGUGGGCUUUCUUCUUCUUAAUUCCACAAUUUUGUCCCUCUUCCUUAACUGCUGCAGCUUGGUCGAAUGAAUGUUUUUGUUACAGAGUUCUUUGCCAGCAUAUUUCCUGACUGCCAGUUUUUUUGUUUUCAAAUAAGUUCUAUUGAGAUAAUUUAAUUGUGAAUAAAAUCAAUACAGGAUUUUG